AUCUUUGAUGAACUGUAUUUUGAUCCGGUAGCAGCAAACUGUUGUCAUCGGUGCUACUGCCCUUGCUUCUGCAACGACCCUCUACCCCUUCCUCCUGUCUGUGUGUGGACCAGCUGCUGCAGAGAAGCGACCAUGGCUCCUGGAAAUGAGAACAGAGUGUUUGUCGUCGGUGUGGGCAUGACAAAGUUUGACAAGCCUGGAGCCCGAGAAAACUGUGACUACCCUGACCUGGCCCAGGAAGCAGGUCAAAAGGCCUUAGCAGAUGCAGGAAUCCCAUAUUCUGCCAUCGAGCAAGCAUGUGUAGGAUAUGUCUAUGGUGAUUCUACAUGCGGGCAGAGGGCCAUUUAUCACAGCCUGGGCAUGACUGGUAUCCCCAUCAUCAAUGUCAACAAUAACUGCUCCACAGGAUCCACUGCUCUCUACAUGGCACGGCAGCUGAUCCGGGGAGGUCUUGCUGACUGUGUGCUGGCCCUUGGGUUUGAGAAAAUGGAGAGGGGUUCUUUGACUUUAAAGUUUAUGGACAGGGUCAAUCCCAUGGACAAGCACAUGCUGGUUCUGGACAACCGUUACGGGAUUACGGCAGCACCGGGAGCUCCACAGAUGUUUGGCAGUGCUGGCAGGGAGCACAUGGAGAAAUAUGGCACAAAACCAGAACACUUUGCUAAAAUUGCCUGGAAAAACCACAAGCAUUCUGUCAACAACCCGAAUUCCCAGUUCCAAGUGGAGUACAGUUUGGACCAAAUUCUAAACUCCAGACAGGUGUAUGAUUACCUUACCAUGCUUCAGUGUUGCCCAACAUCAGAUGGCGCUGGAGCAGCAGUUGUAGCCAGUGAGGCCUUUGUCAGAAAACACCAUCUGGAGAGCCAGGCAGUAGAGAUAUUGGCUCAAGAAAUGGCGACCGAUCUCCCCACCACAUUUAACGAAAACAGCUGCAUUAAGAUGGUAGGAUAUGACAUGUCUCAGUUGGCAGCUAACAGGUGUUAUGAGGCUGCAGGUCUGACACCCAGUGAUGUUGAUGUGAUUGAGUUGCACGAUUGCUUCUCACCGAAUGAGCUCAUCACAUAUGAGGCCCUGGGCCUGUGUGAACCAGGUAAAGCUGGCGAGCUGAUCGACAGGGGAGACAACACUUACGGAGGCAAGUUUGUGAUCAACCCCAGCGGUGGUCUCAUCUCUAAAGGACAUCCUCUGGGUGCCACAGGUUUGGCCCAGUGUGCGGAGCUCUGCUGGCAGCUGCGUGGGCAAGCUGAUAAGAGGCAGGUCCCAGGAGCUAAAGUGGCCUUGCAACACAACAUUGGCCUGGGAGGAGCUGUGGUCGUUGCUCUCUACAGGAUGGGAUUUCCACAGGAAUCCAGCUCCCACUUAGGUGUGACUCCCACCACGUUGGGCAGCACCCUGGAGGGUUUCAAGACUUACCCUGUCUUCAAAGAGAUUGAAAAAAAUUUACAGGAGGAAGGAGAGCAGCUUGUCAAGAAGAUUGGUGGAGUGUUUGCGUUUAAAGUGAUGGAUGGACCACAUGGGAACGAGGCGACUUGGGUCGUGGAUGUCAAAAAUGGCCAAGGUUGUGUUACCAAUGAUCCAGAUAAAGAGGCAGACUGCACCCUGACCAUUAGUGAUAAAGAUCUUCUGGAUUUGAUGACAGGAAAACUGCAACCAGAAACGGCGUUCUUAACAGGAGUGCUGAAGGUCACUGGAAACCUAAGCGUCGCUAUGAAGCUGCACAACCUCAAAAUUGCACCAGGCGGCGCCAAGCUGUGAGACCCAGGGUUGGUUAUUUGUCUUCUCAGCAACAAUUCAAGGGCAAACUAAACUCUUAAUUUUGCUAAUCAAUAAACUCACAUGGUACAUUCCCAAUGUGCUUUAAUUUUGGAGUCGUCUGUCAAGGUGUCAACACCAUAUUUCACUUUGAUAUCUGUGCCUGCUGUGAAUUACUAAGUGACAUUGUUGGAUGUAGAUGCAUCAUUUUUAAGCAACCAGUGACACUAAAUAUACAUCUACGGCUUAUGUAGAUUAACCACUCAUCCAUUAGUUAUUAUGAAAUGGCAUUAUUAGAAUAUACAUUUUUAUAUUGAUGUAUGCAGGGUGUGUAUCUGCUGAUGUUUUUUCAGUUCAUAUACAGUAACAAGGGCUGUUAUCAUUUUUAAACUUCUAUUUGUAAUUCUCAACUGUUUGUAAGUCCAUAUUGACAAUGUAAAUUGACUCUAAUCAGUAUAUCUUUGGGAAUUAAAUGAAUGCAAACAAAUGUUA